CAAGGCCUGGCGAGUGCUCGAAGCAACAGCGUUCUGCCGGAACAUUGACGGGGAAUGGGUUGCUGGCGAGGAAACAAUAACUGAUUGCGUAGGCUGUCGUAUUUCUAAGGCUACGCGUUGAUUGAUCACGGGGAAGCUCCGCAGUCUCGACCGCCCGACCGACGCGCAGGACAGCCUUCGCAGCUCUCAGCCAGGAGAGCGCCCUUGAGACGGCGAGAGUGUUCUUCGAUUCAUCCAGGGACACGGCGGAUUCGUCGUAUGGAGUUUGAAUCUGCUCUGUCCCGUCGGGUCGCAAUGGAGGCGGCCCUGGUCGCCCUUUAGAUCGGGAGAUGGCUACGACGAGCAUAACCGCGGAGUAUUCGACUCCCAACCCGAGCUUUAAUUGGUUUUUUCUGCUCGAGCUCAGCGUGUCGGGCAUCCUAGUGCUGUUCUUUCUCCUCUACUUUAACCGUCUCUUCGCUACUCUGAUCUCGUAUGGGAUUCGGGCGUAUACAUGGCAUUACUACCGCGCGUACGUCGACAUCAAGGCGCUGAAUAUCUCGCUGCUCGGAGGGCGGAUCUUCUUCAAAGACAUCCGAUACCACGGGGUGAACGAAACGAUUUUUGUGCAUGGGGGAUUUAUAACGUGGCAGUACUGGGCACGCGCGGUCCAGAGGUCGGAUCUUUCCAAGCUCAAUGAGAAACCGUCGGGGCCAUCGAAUAGCGCGCGAAAUGCUGGCAGGGAGGGAGAUCCGCCAAGCGUUGUCGACGGCGAGAAGAACAGUGGUCUUGGGGAGCAGGGAGGAGUCAAGAAAUCGGACAAGCUUCCUUGCCGCAUCACUGUUACGUUCUUUGGCCUGGAAUGGUUUGUGUACAACAGGACCCCGGCUUAUGAUAGUAUUCUUGCCGGGUUUGGUGUCAAAGAUGACCAAGCUGCUUCGGAAGAUGAGGAUCAUGAUCCUCCUUCAGCGGAUUCCAGCAAGCCACCGAAGCGCAGUUCGAAAGACCAGCCGGUGUCUCAUGAUGGCGCAGCAGCGGGGAGCGACGGAAACUGUCCGGACUCUCAACCUUCUACGGAUCCCGACCUUGAGAUCAAAGGUCCUCUUUUAACUAUUCUUCGGCUCCUUCCUAUUGGGCUGGUUUGUACCAAGGGUGCCCUUGUUAUCGGGAAUGAGUACACGAGAUCGGUUGUGACAACCACGUUUUCAAGUGCUACGGGGAGCAUCGAUGCCAGCAAUGCAGGGCCAUAUGACCUCUAUCGCCAAAUAUUCUCCUUUGACUUGAACAACCUUGUUGUGCAAUUGCGGCCGAAUCCUGACUAUAAACAGAGCCAGCUCACAGCUGCACACGGCUUGACCUCGCCGCAUGAAGACAAACUCGGGGCGAGACGGACGAGAGACCACUUCUUCAACUACCAGUUGAAAAAGCGGAAAGUCUGGCACAGUGUUCGCGACCUGAUCCCGUAUUUCCAGAAGUCAGUAGAGUCGUUCUAUGUGUUUGAUCAUGGCGAAACCUCGAAUGCCGACGCUCCCAAAAAUCCGGCUGGGACUCCAGGUGAUGUUCGUUGGGUCGGCCUCUCUCGCUAUCUGGACAAUGAGAGUCAAAAUGAUCAUGAGGGGUGGAACGCCGUGGAGUAUGCCAGGUUCUCGACGAUCCUAGAAAGCCAGAGAGUGGCCGUCAGGUACUUCUGGGAUAUCCCUGGGUCAGUGCCACUUCAACAUGCUCCCUUGGCUUCUUCCACGAGAAUGAAGUCGCGAGAUAUUAACGGAGCCCCCCCCCCUGAGUGGGGUGUGGAUCUCAGGAUAGAAGGCGGCUCUAUCACUUACGGGCCUUGGGCAGACAGGGAGAGAGGAGGACUGCAGAAUGUCUUCUUUCCCAACUUCUACCGAAGUGCUUCAGCAGCCGUACCGUUGACCCCGGGGAGUAGUAGACAAAAUACCGUCUUCAAAUUGACCAUCGAGCUCAGCGAGGAAACUACUUUGCGUAUACCGACCCGAGAGCCAUCCAAAGACUGGCAAUGGAAGGGUCGAGCCGAGGCGAUUGGAGGAUCCUCCAAAACGAAGAAUCAACAGCAAAGACGGGCUCGAAAUAAAGAAGGCGAGAAGAGCCAGGUUGGCCCAGAUAUCCGUCCCUUUGGCUGGCUGUUUCUCCGUGUUGCGCCUGAUUCUACUAUCACCUACACCAUGGACAUGAUAGCUUCAAGUUCAGGAUAUACAAAUCAACUUGCCUUGGACCUUCGCGACUCAAGGCUCUCGUCCAGCAUCAACCACGGUCCUUUGUGGCAGUGCCCGAGACAAUUGAUGACUUGUGAUCUUUCCAAUCCUUUGGGCUGGAAUGAUCUUCGCACAUGGAAGUUCGACAUCGAGAGUGAACAGAUGGAGUUGUUUCUCUUACGCGACCACAUAUUUCUCAUCACAGACCUAGUGAGCGACUGGGCGUCUGGUCCGCCUACAGAUUAUUAUACUUUUGUACCAUUCGUGUAUAACUUGAAUCUUUCCUUUACAGACCUCCGACUUGUCAUGAACGUGAACGAUAUGAACAUCAUCAGCAACCCUUCUGAUGUCAAUGACAACAGCUGGCUAGUCAUCAAGGGCAAGACCCUAAAAUCGGACGUUCUUAUACCUAUUGACAAAUAUAAACCGGAGCAAAAUGCAGUUACUUUCAAAGUCGACCUUUUGGAUGGCGGCAUAGACACCACGACGCCAUCGUGGGAUACUUUGCAUACCUUCUUACAAGACAAAUCAACAGCCCUUCUCGAUAGUCUGUCUAUCGACGGUAUCUACAACUAUUACCUUUCCACGUCCGCCGAACUCGUCGACACUUUGAUCCUUGAUAUCGCGGGCUCUUCUCCCAGACUUUACCUGUAUGGGUUUUUGAUCCGGAACUUCAUGACCAUUAGAGCGAAUUAUUUUGGCGAUGAAAUGCAUUUCAGGACACUGGAGGAAUUCCAGGAACGUGCAUAUUCUCCGAAUCAAUCCAACACACAUCACGGCCUGAAUCCCAACCGAAAGUCAAACGAUCUCGAUGUGAUCCUUCAUGUCACCGCCGACAAGGUUUGUGCUCUUCUUCCAGGGAAUAUAUACGACCGUUUGAAGAUGAUUCGACUCGAUGCACCUUCGUUAGAGAUUGAUUUGCGAUUUACGAAUUACUAUAUGGACUUGCAAUUUUCACUCGGCCCCGUGAGAGCAGCUUUGGAGUCCCGACAAGUUGAUGGCUCAACCGUCCUGUCUGCCACCCAGCUGUUUAUCGAUAGCUGCUCUAUCCAUGGCCAUCGUCUCUUUGGUUUGCCCCCUGCUGAGCCUACUUACGUUUGCAACUGGGAUUUUGGAAUAGGCCGCAUUAUAGGCGAGUGCUCGGCUGAAUUUCUGAGCUGUCUGACCGCGGGUCUUAAAGCCUUUGAUUUCACUUUAGAUAACUUCGAGAACGCUUUGCCACCGGUUAUACCCAUCGUCUUACAUGAUGUCACGUUUCUACGAGCCACACUGAAAUCAGUGCAUGUCUCUGUACUCAUGAAUGAGGCGGCUCUUCUUGUGAGCUCUGGUCCAGUGAGCACAAAAUUCAACGACUGGGCAGAUCAGAUGUUCUCCAAACGGCUCUGUGUUCUUAUUCCCGACGUGACGAUUGCCGCUGUGGCUCGUCAAGAUUUGGAUGAUUCAAAAUCAUCUCACGGGGCAGUGAAUCCUUUAGGAUUGAUUCAGCUUGCAGUGAAAUUGCGACUGGCCAAACGUACCUGGAAUAUUACGGAGGAUAGGAGACUUCAGCAAGAGCACAUCAAGAUUCAUGAUGAGCCUACCCAUCGGACCCCCUGGCUCCUGCUUGAUGGCAUAGAUGACGACCAGAUACCAUUUAUGGAAGGGAAGUUCGAUCCCCCUACCAUUCCUAUACCAUCCCUGCCAGCACCUAUAUCGACACGAUCCAGAUUUGUCGAUCGACUAUCUGGCAGGCAGUUUUCCGAAACAAUGACCAAGGGAAGCAAUAGGAGUUUCAUCGAUGCCUCAAGUAUGAGGAGCAGUAAGAAACGAAGAAUCCAUAGCGCCAAUUCGGCCUCAAGAGAGUAUGUCCGAACUCUUUCGGUACCGGGAUUGUCUACCUCCGGUGACUUCUUGACUCCAGCAAAAUCGCGUUUCGAAAGUGGAAUCGAAGAUCCGAGGAUCUAUGUGCGCGAUCAAUCCACACCCUAUGUAUCUUCGAGGGCAAAGACAAGCGAUGCCAACCCCUGGGCCAUUCCGGAAUUUUCUCUUCACAGAUUAACAUUGGAUACAACCCAGCUUCCAUCAGAGGAAGUGGCUCCUCACGAUAAACGAAACAUUGAGACAAUUGACUCCCGGUGGAAUCUGCUUUCCUCGCCCUUUGAAGAGGGGAACACCACGCAUACCAAUGUCUUCCUUGAGUUGCCUGAGGGAAUAAGAGGGUAUUGCGCACCUGAGUUUCUCCAUAUCAUCUCGGACUUUAUCCAGGAAUUCCAACCAAGUCACCCAAUUGAGGUUAUCGAUUCUCUCCAGACAGACGUCGUGGGAGAUAUUGUAGCAUAUGAGAAGUCCCUUAACAAGCCCAAGACAACCACGAGUCUUGCUAUCCGCGUCCCCUCGAUCCUCGUCCGACUAGCUAAUAAGACACAUACACAAGACAGUGAGAGUCAGACAAUAAGUUUCCUUGACGAAUACAUCAUCAGCCUAUCCAAUCUUCGAUCCGAGUUUCGAACAAGGACUGAACGUCAAAAGGGCGACUUAUUGAAAGGGGUCAAGAAAAGUCAUACGGUGCACGCAGCAAUGGAUGCCCUCAAAGUGGCUAUCAAUGGUGGCAAUGUGGAUGGUUCUCAUGGCAAGGCUGAGUUUGAAUGUCGACUCGGAGACACAAAUUUCUGGCUCAUGAGCACCCCUGCGGUGCGAGCCCAUCUCCAGAUGCGAGCUUUUGAUACGGUCACAUCGCCAAAAUCAGUUGCGCACCUCGCGUCUCUCGUUCGUCGUACUACCACCAUGUCUGACUCUGCUGCUUCUGCGUUUCAGCAGAGCUCCUCACUCGGUACUAAGAGGCUACGGUCACUUAUCUAUGGCCUUACACAGUCUGCUGCCUCCAUUUCGGAUCCAUCGUUCCUCACACGCAUAUCCAACGUGCUGAGAAUUGCACCAUCCCAUAUACGACAGCAUGAUUCCUGGAAGAUCAUCUCUCGUCUUCGUAAUACAUACAACAACCUUCCUUCUGACCAACAGCGGACCCUGGCUACCAGAUCUCCGGGUGAGGAAUAUUCACUGCCGGAUAAUGCCAGAUCGAUUGUCCUUUCCAACUUUGACCAAUGGCGAGCCUGGGAUCUGGCUCAUGUUGAAAGAAGUUAUGUCAUGCGGCGAGUAUGGUCUCCUGUCGACAGUGUUCAAGAAAGUACUGCCCCGCCUAUGUACAUCUCUUCUACGAUCAGAUCGUUCCGGUUCUUGAUGGAUCCAGGCCCAAAGGAGAGCGAUUUUACAUUGCAGGAUCUGUCGACCAGAGUAUCAGUCCACUCGCAAGAGACUGAUGCCACCACAGCCAAGAAAAUACCCAAACAGCUGAUAGUCGUCCAGUCAUACUGCUCUUCCACCGCGCUACGAGUGCGAUGGGAGAUACUCGACCUCGUGGAGGAGAUCAUGACAACCAUGUCUGAUAUUACCUUGGAGUCGUCGAACUCCCCACAGCAACCUGCUGUUGCUGAUAGGGAGAGCGCAAUUGAGCUUCAGGUUGUCAUGGGAGCUGACACUGGCUCGAUAGCUCUCGAUGGGGUCAAUGUGAAUCUCAAAGUGACAGGUACUGCCCUUAGAGGAUCCCUGGCUCAUAACGGACACAAUAAAGGGGGGGUUAAUCAUUCGACUCUGCUGCUUAGCGGAGAGACUGUGCUCUCUGAGGUUUCCAGUGUAUCCAAGACACUCAUGCUCUGGAGGAUUCGGGAUCCACGAACUUAUUUUUCACUUUUGGCUAAGGGAAGUGGAAACAAGUCGGCCCAUGAUGUCAAGAUCGCCGCCUCUUGCAAGAAGCUACGCUACGAAAUGAAGGAAGACCCUCUAAGUCUUGCACACACAGCAGACCGACUGAUCGAAGACGAAAUCCGGUACAUCAGUCAACUCGUGAAGGAAAUCAAGAGUUUACCAAAGCCUCCAACCGAAAAUACCUCUUCGUCUCAACAGACAACGCAAACCCGGUUUCAUCUGGCAUUAUUCUCCGAUGAUUACCGGCUCUCCUUUUGUUUGUUGCCUUCUUUAACUUAUAUUAUAACCGGUGAAGUGGCCCGCAUGUCCGUGAUGCCGCGGGAGGAUUCGAAGAUCGAAAUCGAUUUUGACGUGAAGAAAAACACUCAUACUCUCUUGUCUUCGGAGAGGAACAAGUGGAAUGUCCUAUCAAUUCUGGAGAUACCACCCAUCAAUGGUCGCAUCGUUGCCAACCUCUUGCCUGAACGAACGGAAGUUGAGGUCGACACCACCAUCGAACUUAUCAAGCUACAAGCUAGCUCGGUGCGAAGCUUACUUGGGGCACUAUCAGGCUCGGAGAUGGCCCAUCUAGUAUCUGAUCUCAAACAGAACGUAGCUGUCCUUGAAAAACACCUUGGUGAUGUCCUCGCUUUGGAGAAAACGCCGCCCAAGACAAGAAAGCCGUCAACUGGCCAUGAGUUCAUUUAUAAGGCACGGCUCACAAUGGCGGGCACGGAAAUUCAUGCCACCACCCCGGGCCUCAGCAGCAAGCAUUACUCUACGGAGAUGUGCCUGACCCUUGGUAUGAUCCAGAUGCAUCUCGACAGUGGGUUGGACCAAGGAUACCCGAUGGAACACCCUUACUUCCAGAUCGAUGUGACUCGGAUCAUCUUCGACCUCAAGAAACGAGAAAAAUCAAGCAGUCGCUCCUACGGAAGGUGUGCUAUCGACGCGAAAUUGAUAGGUUCAACGUCCGUGGGCGAAAGCGGGGAGCUCUUAAGGGCGUACCACUUGAGCAGCAAGAAGUUCGACGUUGAACUAUGUGCUGAGACGGCGACACUCAUUGUUGACAUCCUUGCCCAUCUACAGGAGCGUCUGAAGACGUUGGACCUUCAACAUGAGGCCAAACGCUUCAAGAAACUACGACAACGGGGGCAAACCGAGUCCAGGGGAAAGGCAACAGAGAUUCCUGCUAUCCAGGUGGAGGAUGGAGGAGGAGAUUCGCAGACCUUUUUCGAUGCAAUCUAUACCCUCGAUCUCAACAACGUCCAGAUCAGCUGGAACAUGUUCCAUGGUUCUACGGAGAUUCCUGGCGAGCAAGCCGAGGAUCUGGUCUUCUCCAUCAGGCAUCUUGACCUGUCGAACAAAAGGACCAACACGGCGAAGCUUCGGAUCGAAGAUAUGCAACUUCAGAUGGUUCCCCCUUCGGCAGACCGGCGGGAGCGAUCGUUGAACUCGGCUCUUAUGCCGGAACUGGUGUUCAACGUGGCGUUUUCGUCAAAGGAGAAGGAAAUGAGACUGGCUUUCCAGGCUGCGGGCAAGUCUGUCAACCUUCGGGCGACUUCAAACUUCAUUCUUCCUGCCAGCAUGUUGCGGGAUUCCAUUGCAUCGGCAUCCAACACGCUACGCGAGGCCAAUGCGAUUUGGAUGCGAACACCAUCCACUAACAACAACACGAAGCGCAACCUGUUCGGAAACAAGCGACUACGCUCUAUCCUGGUCGAUGUGGAUUUUGCUGGCGCUUCAGUCGCUCUGCUCGGCAGUUACAACGAUGAUCAUCAGAGGGUGCUGAUGGUGGCUUCCAGAAGCAGCUCUCUGCCCAAGGGAAAAUAUGGCCAGUAUGUCCAGGGAGAUGCGGCCACCACGGCCACCUUCCGGGCCCCUGGUGUUGCCUUGAAGGUCCAGUUCGAGGAUAAUGGCAAGGAUGACCCGGCUUUGAAUGCAGAGCUGAAGGUAGACGCUUCAACCAAUGUGCUGUAUCCAACGCUUGUUCCAUUGAUCAAGCAAAUGACGGCCACUGUCAAGGAGGUCAUGGGUGAACAGGAGUCGUCGCCGACGGCGACCUCGGUGUCGGUGCUGCCGGCCUCUUUGACUCCUACAAAAUUGCAACCGAAGUUCAUCGACGGAACCCCACUAGACACCAAAAACGCAGACUCCAUUCUCGGCCGCUGCAAGGUGAACGUGGGCAUUCUGAUCUGCAAGCAGGAGUUCAGUCUGAGUUGCCAGCCCAUUGCGAGAGUCGCGGCCACGGCAUCGUUCAACCGCGUGUACGUGACGAUCAAUACCGUCCAGUCCGAUGACCAUGGACGCUUCCUGGCGCUCCUGGUGGCGUUUAAAUCGCUGCAAGCCUCUGUGAAACAUGUCUAUUCCAAUGAAUCGACAGCCAGCUUCGAAGUCGAGUCGAUUAUCAUGUCUCUCAUGAACCGCCGGCAUCUCGGUAGCACCAAGGGCAUUUCGGCAAUUCUCAAGGUGAGCCCGCUGGCGGUGAUGUUGAACGCCAAGCAGGUGCAGGACCUCUUGCUUUUCCGCGAGAUCUGGGUUCCCUCGGGGGAGGAUUCGGGUGGUGCGGCUCCCGUCCCAGCGCCGUCUACGGAGACACAGGCCUACAUUGUGCAGAGGUAUCAACAGGUGGCGGCGGCGUCUGCCUUCCCCUGGGACUCUACCAUCUCGAUCGAGCAGAUGCGGGUUCAGCUGGAUCUGGGCCCCACGCUCGGCAAGUCUCAGUUCUCGAUCCAAGACCUGUGGCUGUCGUCGAAGAAGAGUUCCGAUUGGGAACAAACGAUGUGCAUCGGCUUCGACAGCAUGGGGGUGGAAAGCGAGGGCCGGAUGAGUGGGUUCGUGUCGCUGGAGCGCCUGAGGGUUUCCACUUCCAUCCAGUGGCCUGACCAGACCCCCCUGUCUGGCAAGACGCCGCUGAUCCAAGCGUCGAUUGCGUUCGACCAGCUGGGGGCCAAGGUCUCGUUUGACUACCAGCCGUUCCUUGUCUCGGACAUUGAAGGGUUCGAUUUCCUCAUGUACAAUGUACGCGACGACGCGACGGGAAGCAACCGGGAACGACUGUUCAGCAUCCUGGAGGGGGAGAAGGUGCAGGUGUUCUGCACCAGCCUGACGGCGUCGCAGGCGCUGGCGCUCUUCCAGGCCUGUCAGCGGCUGGUGCAAGAUAAACAGGCGGCGUAUGAAGCGUCGAUCCGGGAGAUUGAACGGUUCUUGCGACGCAAGUCGGCGAUGGCGGCGAGCGGGAAACUUGAGCCUAGUCGGCGCGAGACGGAGCGGCCGGAGGAGGACAGGGAGAGCGCCGAGAAGGCCCCGAUCUCACUGUACACGGGGGUGGUUGUGGCGAUCAAGACGGUCAACAUCGGGGCGUUUCCGAGCUCGUUCUUCGACCACCAGAUCCUCAAGCUGGAGGCGCUGGACGCGCAGGCACGGUUCGCGGUGUCUCUGCAGGCGGGCAAGAUCCACAGCGCGCUAGGCCUGACGCUGGGCCAGCUGCGCGUGGCUCUAUCCGGGGCCGGGCGCGCCAGCUCGACCAACCUGGACGAGCUAUCGAUCGACGAGGUGGUGCAGCGGGCAGUCGGGUCGCGCGGGGGUACGAUCCUCAAAGUCCCGCGGCUGGUGGCGCGGAUGGAGACGUGGCAGACGCCCGGGGCGCGACAUAUCGACUACAUCUUCCAGAGCACGUUCGAGGGCAAAGUGGACGUCGGGUGGAACUACUCGCGCAUCAGCUUCAUCCGGGGCAUGUGGGAGCGGCACUCGCGGGCGCUGGCGUCGCGACUAGGCAAGCCGCUGGCACCGUCGGCAGUGCGCAUCACAGGAGGGCAGCCCGGCGACGGCGACGGCGAUGGCAACAGCCACAGCAACGGCCACGGCAACGACGAGCCGGGGGAAGAAAAGAUCACGGCGGUGGUGGUGAACGUGCCGCAGUCGCGGUACACGUACACGGCACUAGAACCGCCGGUGAUCGAGACGCCACAGCUGCGCGAUAUGGGCGAGGCGACGCCGCCACUGGAGUGGAUCGGGCUGCAACGCGAGAAGCUGCCCAACCUCACGCACCAGAUCAUCAUCGUCACCUUGUUGGAGAUUGCCAAGGAGGUGGAGGAUGCCUACGAGAAGAUCUUGGGGUCGUCGUGAGGGAGUUGGUUGGGGGGGUUGAGUCUCUAUGGUGUGUCGAUGAUGCAGAGUACAGAGCAUGGCCUUGUCAGCCUGAAGUUCCCUGCAACAUGGUACUAUAGUAUAGUUAGUCUUAUGUAUACAUACUGGUUAUCGUGGUAUGGCCUCCGACUAUGUUGAGGCUGGAUUAAUAAUGUUAAGUCCUAUCUCCGAUGCAUACAGCCUCG